UUUUUCUUUCCACUUCUCCCGUUGCCCAAAGUGCUCCCAUUUCGUCAGAUCGCGAAACCCUCGACGCAAUUUGCCGUUCCCGAUACGUUCCAUCUCGCAAUCCGUAGAUUUCCCUCCAGUUUCUCGUGUCCGAUCCUUCUUCCGAUCUCUCCUUCUGCUUCGGAGUUGGAUUCCCGUACGAGCCGAAUUAGGGUUUCUCAUCUCGAGCCUGUAUCGAGGAUCCCGCUGGUAGAGGGGCGCGCAGAGGUCGGAUCUGAAUCCCGUCCCGGUGUCCAGAGGAUAGACGGGAAAUUUGAAUAGGUGAUCAUGCUCUUCUCCAAGGAAGAAGUGAAUCACCUAUUUUUUAAAUAAUACCUUGGUUUCUUGCAAGCGAAGAUCACUUUAAGUUACAUGUUAUUUGUUGCUGAGACAAAGCUUGCAUAAGUUUAAUUGCUUGAAGCUGCUUCAAAUGAGAGUUUUAUGCAUUCAACAAGGAUACGAUUCCUAUGUCUUCCAAAAAAUUACAUAAAUCUUUUUUCUAUGGAUCCCCAUCACAACAGACAUUGAGCUGACGUUGGGAUAUCUUCAUUUGUAUAUUAAGUAUAUGACAUUACUAACAUGUGUUUGUGGUGGUUAACUGAUCAAGAGAAUAGCAAUGAAUCUCAGAGAGGAAGUAGACCAGCUUUUGGGCAAAACACGACCAGAAAUGCAUGCAGGAAUACAAUCUGGUGGAAGGUCACCUAAACCAAUUGAUAGUCUGACAAGCACUCAGCUGAAAACUGGCUCUGAUAGUGUACGAACUACUGGAUCAUCUCUCCAUUCUCACUCAAAGGGGAAGAGGAAGGAUAGAAUUGAUCAUGGUACAGAGCUCAUCAAGAGUGAGUGUUCCUCUAAACCAGACGAUGAUUCUUUUAGCUUUAAAACAGAGAAUAUGGCAAAGGCAGAGAUAGUCAAAAUUACAGAUAAAGGUGGACUUGUAAGCUCUGAAGGAGUGGAGAAAUUGGUGAAUCUCAUGCAUCUUGAUAAAACCGAGAAGACAAUGAAUGUAACUGUGCGAACACUAGUUGCUGAUGUUAUCACAGCUACUGAUCGGUAUGAUUGCCUUAUUAGGUUUGUUCAGCUUCGAGGCCUAUUGAUCUUGGAUGAAUGGCUUCAGGAGGUUCACAAAUCUAAGACCAGUGAUGGUGUUAGUCCCAAAGAAAGUGAUAAAACAAUUGAAGAGCUACUCUUGUCUCUUCUUCGCGCCCUUGCAAAAUUGCCAGUGAACCUUAAUGCUCUGCAGACUUGCAAUAUUGGUAAAUCUGUUAAUAAUUUACGGAGCCAUAAGAACCUUGAGAUACAGAAGAAAGCUAGGGGUCUUAUUGACACAUGGAAGAAACGGGUUGAUGCAGAAAUGACGAAGAUCAAUGAUGCAAAAUUUGUGACAUCAAACCAACCUGUUUGGCAAGUAAAACCGGGUUCUUCUGAUGCUUCCCAUGCAGGGAAUCGGCGCACUGCUGUAACUGAGGUGCCUACAAAGACUCAUGUUAGUCAGUUUUCAUCAUCUAAAACAACAUCUUUCAAGUCUGGCCAUUCAGAUGCUACUGUAAAGUCGUCUUCAUUGACACAAGGCUCCUUGAAAGUUGGAUCAGCUUUAGUAAUAUCUUCUGGUGUUGGCUUGAAGGACUCAUCUGGCAAAGCUGCUGCUAACACUGGGAGUACAGAUGUGCCAUCAGUUGCUGCAAAGGAGGAGAAGAGCAGUAGUUCUAGUCAAUCCCAGAACAAUAGCCAGACAUAUUCAAGUGAUCAUACUAAGACAGUGGGAAGUUCGCAGAAGGAACACGCAAGAAGUUCAAGUCCUGGUUCUGUAAAUUUUGCUAAGGCUGCUGGGAGUUCAUCUCAUCCUCGAAGAUCUGGCAAUGGGGUUUCUGGAACAACUAUAUCGGGGGCACAUAAAGAAAUUCAUCUAAGUAAAUCUGGUUCCCUUGGUAGGGCUAAAACACAGGAAAAAUCAUCACAAACAGGUAUAUUUUGUGAAAAGUCAAUUGAUAUGCCCAUAUCAGAGCAUGGAAAUAAGCAAAGGCUCAUUGUAAAGUUGCCUAGCCAUGUUCGAAGCCCUGAAAGAAGUGCAACUGGGGGUUCAAUUGAGGAUUCCACCGUGACAGGCAGUGGAGCAUCAUCUCCUUGUGUCUCAGACAAACAUGAGCAAGGUUAUCGUAAGGUGAAAUCAAGGAGCGAAACUCAUUGGUCUAAUAUUUCCAGAGAUUCCAAUAAAGAAUCACGGCAGAGCAAUGAUGCCAAUGAUCAGCCAGUUGGAUCUGGAGGUCUCAGAUCACCUGGUGCCGACGAAUCACACCUCAAGAGUGCCAAGGAAACUGGUAAGGAUGUAGAGUCUGCAAAAGCUUUGUGUUCAUCAUCUGGAAAUGAAAAGGGAAUUUCCUCAGCUGAACCCAGGAUGAGAAGUUCUUUUCGUUCUAUAAAUGCCUUAAUUGAAAGUUGCAUUAGGUAUUCUGAACCUAGUACACCUAUAGCCACUGAAGAUGAUAAUGGGAUGAAUUUACUUGCUAGUGUGGCAGCUGGAGAAAUCUCCAAAUCUGACUUGAAUUCCCCUAAUGUCUCGCAUGGAACUUCACCUGCAUUGGAGGAUGUAUCAACAGAGGCCAAGUUGAAAUUGUCAAGUGAAGGGGGUGUUGUCCAUAGUCCAAAAUCAAUGUUAAGUGAUGGUGAUAUUGCACAGAGGCAUGUUUGCUAUAAUGGAGCUGUUGUCACAGAUGUCAGCAAGCAAGAUAAGGGUGCUGGUUCCAUCUUAAACAAGGAUGCUUCAUACUCCAAUGAGUCCAUCUUUCCUGGAAACAAUGAAACUACUGCCACAUUGCAGGAAAAUAAAUUGCUAGGUGGCCAAGGUGAACAAUCUCAUACUGCUGCAAAUUUCCAUAAAUCUGAAGACUCUUGCAUUAAUUCUGAGAAAAAGAAAGAAGAAGAAAGAGGUGGAAGAACUCUCUCUGAGUCUGAAUCUGCUGAUCCGGUGAAACACGAUACUGAAGGAACCUCUCAGCUGGAAGAAAAACUGACUACUGAUAGAGAAGUCAUAGAGCAGUUCACAGAUUGCAAACUCGAAGAAAGAAGCACAUCAACAGAUGAAAGCAAGCCUGUUGAUUGCACUCAUCCAAACAUAGAUAAAGAUGUGUGUCCAUCAGAAGUUGCUACCCGAGAUGGGCAUCGGCUUGCAUUAGCUGCUUCAGCCAGUGAAGAAUCAGAAAAGUUUGUUGUUGAGGAAUCUCAGUCAUGUACUGCACCUAAAGAGGUGGCUGAGGUUGCCACCUCAUAUGAACUGAAGCUACCUAUGCAACAAAGUAAAGUAACUAUUUCAUCAGAUAAGUCCAGAACUUCUAAGUCUGAUAAAAUGGAGAGCAGUGACUCAGAAUUAAAUGGCAAGCAUGAGAACAAUAGUUCUGUUCUGCCUAAACUUGAUGAAUCAGCAAGGCAAUCAACAAGCUCUACUGGCAUUGCGGGAGGUAAUGAUGAUUCGAAGAUGGAGGAAGCUCAAGAAAGUGCACCUGUGGGAUUAGCCAAUCAGGUAGAGCCAACAAGUUGCUUGACCCCAGAAAUCAAGCAUGGAUUAAAGCAUGAAGGCUCUUUGUCAUCCAGGGCUGUAGAGGAUGUUCAUGUGGAUUUUUCACCACCUACAGAGACUUCAUCUGCUGUCUUACCUGCAGCAGAUUCAGCUAAGCUUGACUUUGAUUUGAAUGAAGGCAUCAUUGGGGAUGAUGGACACCAAGUUGAGGCUGCUGUUUCAGUUGCAACAGUUAGUCCCUCUACCACGCAUGUGCCUAUUCCCUCUCCUUUUACAAUUCCCAUGUCAAAUGGUUUACCUGCUCAAAUAACAGUUGCUGCAGCUGCCAAGGGGCCUUUUCUGCCACCUGAAAACUUAAUGAAGAAUAAGGGUGAGGCCGGGUGGAAAGGCUCUGCUGCUACAAGUGCCUUUCGGCCUGCAGAACCACGAAAAGUUAUGAAAAUGGCACACAAUACUUCUGAGAUACCAUCAUCUAAUUCUUCUGGAAAGCAGUGCCAUACGCUACUUGAUUUUGAUCUGAAUGAACCUGAUGAAAGAGUUCUGGAAGACAUGGCCACUUGCAGCUCUUCCAAGUGUAGAGGCACUGAACUGGGGACAGAAAGCAAUCUCAAUAUACCUGCACGGAUUUUUGGGGGACUUAAUCUUGAUUUAAAUAGAAUUGAUGAAACAGAAAAUGGGCAGUCCUUCUCAAGCAUCUCCUGUCGACAGGAUGUUCCACUUUUGGCUGCAGCACCUGCAUUGACAGAAUUUCCUAAUAGGGAAACCAAUAUGUUGAGGGAUUUUGAUUUAAAUAAUGGACCAGGACUAGAUGAAAUUUCUGCUGAAUCUCUAACCAGGAGCCAAAAUAUGAAAACUGCUAGUAGCUUGCCGUUUCUUUUUCCAGUUAGUAACAUCAGAAUGAACACUAAUGAAUUAGGAAGUGUAUCAUCAUGGUUCCCCCCUGGUAGUUCUUACCCUGCUGUAGCUAUGCCAUCUUUCUUGUCCAACAGAGAGCAGCUUUACCCAAUUGUUGCAGCUCCUGGAGCCCAGAGAACUUUGGGGCCAGUGACACCUAGUGGCCCUUUUGGCAGUGAUGUUUACAGAGGUCCUGUCAUUUCAUCGUCUCUGCCAAUGGGAUUCACUCCUGCAGCAUUUCCUUAUCCUGGCUUCACCUAUGGUUAUAAUUUUCCACUUCCAGCAACUUCUUUUUCAGGUGGGUCAACAACCUAUGCUGAGUCUUCAUCCAGUAUUGCUUCAGGUUUUCAUGCCAUGCCUUCACCACUCGUUGGACCUGCUGGAACUGUUUUAUCCAAUUAUCGAAAGCCUCACUUGGCGAGUCUUCCAGAGGGCAGCAAUGGUAGUGAGUCUGACAAUCCUCGGAGAUGGAUCACACCAAGCCUCGACCUAAAUUCAGGCCCAGGGAAUAUAGAUGCAGAAGGCAAAGUUGAGAGAUCCAACUUAGCAUCAAGACAACUUUUAUCCGCCACAUCCCAGGGUUUUGCAGAAGAGCAGGUAGGUAUGCAUACAGUUCCUGCUGGAGGUUUGAAGAGGAAGGAACCUGAAGGAGGCUGGGAAACAGGCAGAUCUUCCUAUAAGCAACUGUCCUGGCGGUAACCAGAAUCGAAGAAGGAAAUCAUCUGUAGCUGUCCUAUGCGUUAGUUGAUUGGAACCCUUUGUAAUGGCUUCCACUGUUAAUACACGGCAAGCCCAGAGUUACGGACUCUUGUCAAGGAUGAUACAGGAAUCACACACACGGCUCACAAUCGCUCAUCAAUGACAUUAGACGGCCAUGGAGGACAGUGACAGCCUCAUCUGAUCUUUUGUUCUGCAAGGCUACCAGGGUCACUGCAUCUCAGGUUCCUGCAAUGUUAAGAUGUGUUCCAAACCUAACUCACGGAUAACCAAGUGUGCCAUUUUGCCAUUCCACCUUUUGUAUGUGCAAUUCCCCAAUUGCAUCAUCCAUUGCCAAUGUACUUUUGCAUGUUCAGUGAAGUUAUAUUCCAUGUUAACUUAGAUUAUGAUCAGUUUGCAACAGCUCUACUGGCUUGAGUCGUGAUGCUUUGCAGGUCCUUGCAUGAAAUAUCCUGUUCAAGUUUUGUCACAUGAAAUAUGAUUAAUCAGUUGCAGAGCUACCACCUAGUCUUGUUAUCUUCCAGACUUUUGCAACUUCUUGUUUCGUAUUGAAGAGGUCGGUCAACAUAUGUAAAUGAUUAUAUUAGGUUGAAAUUUGCCUCUUACUGUGAUGGUUAAUGCAUUCGAUUAUGCUUUGUUAGCCUGUAUUAGCCUUGUAAUGUUUCGAUUAAGUCUAUGUUAGCCUUGCAAGUGGAAUUUCUUGUUUGUGCUGGAA